AUCCCAAGUUCCACUCGACAAAGAGAAACACAUCCAACAAACAAUCACUCCUCCUCUCCUCCCCUCCACCCUCCUCCAAAAUGGGCUUCAGUGAUCCCAAAGCUGUCGAGGACAGCACCCACCACAAUGAAUCCCCGCUUUCCGACUCGCAACGGAAUAGCACAGAUCGCAAACCCGUCAGCCAGCCCGCAGAAUCACGACCUGUGCCCUUGAUCGCCUGGGUCCUGGGCGGUGUUGCCUCGAUUGGCGGUUUCAUCUUCGGCUACGAAUCUGGUCAGAUCUCUGGUAUCAUGGCCAUGGACGACUUCAAGGACCGCUUCGCCGACAAUGGUUCCUUCUCCCCGGCUCGUUCCGGCACGAUUGUCGGCCUGCUGUGCAUUGGUACCCUCAUUGGUUCGCUUCUGGCUGCCUCCGUCUCCGACAAGUUUGGCCGCAAGUACGCCAUCUCGUUCUGGGCUUUCUCUUACAUUCUCGGCACUAUUAUCGAGAUCACCUCCGAGCAUGUGUGGGUUCAGUUCGCUAUCGGCAGAUUGGUCGGCGGUUUUGGCAUUGGUGCCCUGUCUGCCACCGUCCCCAUGUACCUUUCCGAAUCCGUCGCCAAGGGCAUUCGCGGCGCUGCUGUCGCCUCGUACCAGCUUUUCAUUACCCUGGGUAUCUGGACUGCCUACAUGGUUACGUUCGGUACUGAGGGAGCCUACCCCAACAGUGCUCAAUGGCGUAUUCCCAACGGUCUCUCUGCCUUGUGGGCCAUCAUCCUUGGUCUCUCCAUCUUGGCGAUGCCCGAGUCUCCCCGCUGGUUGUACAGCCGUGGUCGCGUCGAUGAAGCCCGCAGCGUCAUGGCCCGCAUGAACAACUGUGAUCCUCACUGCGAUGAGAUCAACGCCGACAUUGCCGACAUUGAGCAGAAGCAACAGGAGGAUCUCGCUGCCGGUACUCCUCACUGGUAUGAAGUGUUCACUGGCCCUCGUAUGCUUUACCGUACCAUUCUCGGCAUGGUUCUCCAGGCUGGCCAGCAGCUCACUGGUGCCAACUACUUCUUCUACUACGGUACUACCAUCUUUGAGAAGACUGGCAUGGACAACUCCUUCGUCACUUCCAUCAUCCUUGGUUCCGUCAACGUUGCUGCCACCAUCUUCUCCCUCUGGCUCAUCAACAAGGCCGGUCGUCGUAUCUGUCUCAUGGUCGGCGCUGCAUGGAUCUCCGCAUGCCUGUUCAUCUAUGCCUUCAUUGGUCACUACAAGCUCGACAACGCUGAUGGCUCGGUGAACCACCAGGCUGGCCAGGUCAUGAUCGUGUUCUCCUGCUUGGCUAUCGUUGCCUUCGCCAUUACCUGGGGUCCUCUUGCCUGGGCUGUGGUCGGUGAGCUGUACCCCUCCCGCUACAGGGCUACCGCUAUUGGUCUGGCUACCGCUUCCAACUGGCUCUUCAACUUCCUCAUCUCCUUCUUCUCGACCUUCAUCACCGACAAGAUCGACUACUUCUUUGGUCUCGUCUUUGCAGUCAGCUGUUUCUUGCUGUUCUUCAUCGUCUACUUCUUCAUGAUCGAGCCCAAGGAUCGGUCGCUCGAGGAGAUCGAUACCAUGUACGUCACGCAUGUCAACCCCAUCACGUCCGCGAAGUGGGAUGCCAGGCAAGCCGGCCUUGAUGUGCAGGAGAAGAACGCGGCUUAGUGGAGUCAAGAAGAAGUAUUGUUAGCCCCAUUUCAUAUCUAUUUAAAUCCCCAUCUCAAGUCGCAUUGUUUCCGUUAGAUGGCCUACUCUCCUUUUCACGACAUACCC